CGACUUUAGUUUAGAACGGGGUUCGAUUACUAUUUUAUAAUUUUGUUUGUUGUUAAAAUAGUGAUAAAAAAUAUAUUUAUAAGUGCCGUUAUUAGAAUAGGCGUUGAUUAUUUUUAUUGUGUUACCUUUGCAAAAUGUUUUUGUGUUAAAAUGUGUUGUGUUUAUGUUUUGGGUACGAAAAUAACAUUUGGAUUUUUAACAGAAAGGAGAAAUAGGUGCUAUAAAAAGGGCUAACCAUGAGGCAACGAUUCUCUAAAAUUGUCAUAUCGAGGACCGGCGUCAGCACGAAAAGGGGCCUUAGACUAGGGCCCUCAUCAUCAUGAGUGAACGUGAGAGCAGAAGCAGAUUUCUUGGCAAGCAAAAGCAACAGCAUCAACAACAACAACGCCUCCAUGAAGCCGGUUUUGAUCAUAAGGCUCCCAGGCCUCCAAUACCUGGAGAGGAAAGGAGCCAUUUCUUGUCAGAUUGGCAACCAACCCCUUCACAGAUGGACUGGAUCAAACACAAGUCUUCCUCAUCACCACCUAGAAAAUACUAUAGUUAUGCAAAUGAAUCCCCGCCCGCACCCUGUGGUUAUGAACCAGAAGGUAGUUGCAGAUCAAAUUCGCGAUCUUCUUCCAAGAACUGUACUUCCAGUGAAAAUUCUCCCCCACCGGCCUGUCUCAAAUGGGCCAACUCCUUGCAUUCUUUGCUCCAGGACCCCGAUGGUGUCAAACUCUUCCAUCAGUAUUUGGAGUCUGAGGGCCAGCAUCAUGCAGAUACCUUGGAUUUCUGGUUUGCCUGCGAAGGACUCCGCAAACAGACCGCAACAGAAAAAAUUCACCAAUUGGUUAAAGUUAUUUAUAGGAAAUUUUUCGUUAAAUCUGCUCUUCCAAUUGACGACGAGCUGAGGAAAGAGAUUGGAAAAAAUAUUAAAUCUUCCCAGUGCCUUGAGCCUCCUGUAACAUUGUUUGACAAAGCACAAGCUAUUGUUGAGCAGCUUAUAGAUGAAACCACUUACCCCAACUUCCUUAAAAGUGAUAUGUACCUGCAAUAUUUAGAGAAUGUCCAAAAUCUCAGCAGUAGUAGCAGCGAUUUUGGCAAUGAAUUUUCAAAUUUAACAAAUGGACCGGAUCCUUUGCCGACUUUACAUGAAGAUAUGGAACUGAUUAUGAAUCCUCCAGUUCAUUUAAGUCAUGCUUCUGGUGUCAGUACGGGCUACCACACUCCGAAUAUCAAUGUUGGAGGACCUCCGGUCCGUUUGACAAAGGACCUCUUGUUAAUAUCUCAAAAACAUAGAGCAGUAGAUUUAAGACCAAAAUCAGAAACUUUCGCUAGUAUGAUCUUGUACCGUGGACUGACCAGUGGUGCUCAUGCUGCCUAUAAUUCCUAUAAUCCUGUUUCGAGGCAAGAUAGCGAGCUGCAUUCGCUAAGUAGUCAUUCUGAUGCCAGGACUGAGUCCGAUAACAUGUCUAUGACAGAUAGUUCAGUCGAUGGCAGACCUUCACGCCGAAAAGAAGUCUUAGAAGCCAGAAAAAUUCGCGAACUGGCUUCCAGAAACAAAGAAACUCACAUGCAACAGCUUUUUAUACCGAGAACUCAACGGGUAGACACGCGGCAAUGUCGAGCACUGGACACAGAUACGUUCGCUGCAAUAUUGAUAGAGAAAUUGGAACCGAUCAAGAGAGACCAAGACCACCAAGAGCUGUUAGAUAGGAAAUUAAAAGAGAACGAGUCAUUAAUGAGUUCAAAAAGCGAUAUUCAAUCUGCAAUCAGGGAGCUACAAUUGGGAGACGAUAAUGAUCCAGAGGAUAUUUUGGAUCAGCAUCUCUCCAGGGUUUUGUCUGAUAGAAAUUCGUGUAGAUCACCUGGAUUGUCCAGUCCUAGACAAUUUUCACCUCCGAGAAAUAGGCACGUUCAAAAUUCAUAUCCUCGAUCCAGAAGGAAAGACAAGGAAGGUUCGAUUUACAGCAUCGAUUCUGGCAACGUUCACGAUUUUGCCGAUGGUUCUGAACACAAAAUGGCGAUGGUGAAAUCAAAGAGCAUGCCAGAGUAUCCAGACGAGAGAUUUUCAAGGGGAUUUUCAGGAAGAAGACAACCGAAAAAGCCUCAGUCCGAACUGGCCGAUAGCGGAGUAUCUGUGGUAUCAGAUACUGCUCCUAUGCCGGUAAAGGAGAACCGCGUUCUUACCUGGUUGUUGGAGUCGGAUAAGAGUGGAAGAGGCGCCAGUCAUACUCACAGCGAGAUGUCUUUGAAACAUCGCAGUCACAGAACGAGCAGCGCUACCUCUCCGAAUGCAGGAAGAAGAAGAAAAGGAUUUGGUUCAAGGUCAAGUUCAUUAGAAAGAAGUACUGGCAGCAGUACGUUAGUACCAGCUCAACCAUUCAUUGCCGAUCCAAAUAUGCCACCUUUACCGUCACCUAAUACAGCGAUACAAUUGGAGGAAGCUAGACGAAGACUAUUGGAGGAUGAUAUCAGGACUAGACCUAAACAAAGGUCUUCAAAUAGGUAUUAUCCGGAAAUGUCUCACAGCAGCCAAUCGACUUUGAGAAAAUCCAUGAGGGGUCCACGACAGACGACAUUAGGGCAGGCAGGAGAUGACGUAACGACAGUUGUGUUCAAUUUUUGCGAGGAACAGUUCCCUUACAGGACUAAAAUACCUGGCACUCAGAUUACUUUAAGGCAGUUCAAAGAGUAUCUUCCUAAGAAAGGAAAUUAUAGGUACUUUUUCAAAACUCUAUGUGAAGAACUUGGCAACCAAGUGAUCCAAGAGGAAGUUAGUAACGAUAUGGAGGUACUUCCGUUGUGGGAAGGAAAAAUAAUGGCCCAAGUGAAGCCAAUCGACUGAGUUUAAUUUUACGUUAUUUUCUAACAUUACUAAAGAAAAAACUAUUUAUUAUUAAUAAGUCUCUUUAACACUACUAUUUAAUUAUAACUACGGAUUUUUUAAGUUUUUUUUUUUUAUUAUAAAUAAUUUAUUUUUUCUUUGUUGUUGAAUGUUUUUCCGUUUUUUAUUUUUAUUAUUAUUGGUAAGACAAAAUUUUGUAAUAUUUAGGCAUUUCAGGCUCCUCUUUAGUGGGCCCAGGUAACACCAAUGAGUCAGAUAUCUACAAGAAAUGUAAAAAAAAUAUAUAGUUAUUUUGAGAUUAAUGUUUUCAACAAUUCAAAAGAAAAAAUUUUGUUACUACUAUUUACUACAUAAAUGUUUAUUAAUUUGUCUUUUAAUAUUAAUGGAAUUUAGGAAUUGAUUGUUUUUUAAUUAAAGUUUGUUAAAAGUAAAAAUACAUAUUUUUUUAACUUUCGUUGUUUUCUGAAUAUAAAAAGAAUACAAAAAUUGUUUUUAAACAGGAGUGGAAACACCUAUAACUCAUUUAACAUAAUAGUUCACAAAUGACAUGACACAAGUUGCAUAAACCCUGUAAUUUUAUUUUUACUUUUUUUUUUUUUCAUUGAAUCCGAAUCUUGUAUCUAUAUGAUUUGGUGCUCCUUGGGUUCAUAUUUACUUAAAAUAUAAAUGGACUGAUAAUGCCGCCUUCUGUAUAUUAUUUUAUUAGGUAUAUUCUGUAAGAGUUAUUCAGAUUGGUGCAAAUUUCAGUAGUUUUUUAAAAGAUCAUAAGUUCCCAACUAUAUUACAUCCUUGAAUUAACAUAUUUGAAAACGAAAAUAAUCACGAAUAUUAUGUUAAAAGUAAUAUAUUUUUAACUAUCACUGUGUUUUAAAAGUACUACAUACAAAAAACAUGAAACAGAUCUUUCAAUUUUUUUUAUUAGAAUAGAAUUUUUUUUAUUCUAACUUGAAACUCAAUGUAUCUAUUUUUACAUUUUAAAUAUUGAAAUUGUUUUCCAAUAAUUCUGGUAUUUUAAAGAAUAUAAUAUCAAAAAAAACACGGAUUUUACUAUUAAGAUUAGCACCAACCUUUAUACAUUUAAUCUGCCAAUGCAUUUCUUUCGAGAUUGGAUGAAAAUAGAUGGUGUAUUUAUAAAUAAAAUAUAAUGCCUAACUUUUUAGAUACUGAUAUCUAAGAAUUUUUUUAAGAGGAAUAUAACUAAAAAUGACGGAAAUCAAUAUAUUAUGGACGUUUGGCAGUAUACAUAACAUGGCAGCUUUAAAAAUGACAAAUAUUGGAAUUUAAUAUUACAAAUUAUUAAAUAAUAAAAAUCAUAGCUAGGUAAAGCCGGUCACUUUCUUGGAACCCUCCUGAAGACAUCAAAUCUUUAUUUUGUAUUGGUCUAGUGUAAAAAUAUUUUGAUGUACACUAUAUUUUUUUAAACACUCAACUAUUUGUAUCAAAGUAUCUUAACAUUCAAAUGCCUGUCAUAAAAUUGAUUUCUUUCUUGUUUCUAAAAUUUGAAUUCUUGACAAAUCCUAUUUUCUUUCAAUGAAACAGAUUUACCUUACCUUAUCAACUAUUAAUAAUUUAUGUUACAACUUUUGUAGCAAUAAUAAGACGGCAAUCAAUUCUUCAACACAAUGAAAAUUAUAUUUAAAAUUCGAGGGGCUUUAAGCAAAACUUUUAGUUCAGAAUAUAUUGUGUGUUAAACAUGGUCAAUUAUAUUUCAACCUCACAAUAAUAAAAAAAAACUUUACCUCUAUAAAAAAUUCCUCUUUAAACUUUUUUUGUAAAAAGGUAGCGUUAAAACUUCUGAAUAUAAUUUAUUUAUUGUUAUUUUUAAGACAUAGUAAUAUUUUUUUAAUUGUUAAAAACUAAAAAUGCAACAAUUUUUGUAAAAUAGACUUUUGUAAUUAGAAAUAGGUAGUAGAAAGUACUAUUAAAAAACGGCAAUAAUGUCUAUAAAAUGAUAGUAGGUGCAUAUAUUAAGUGCCUUCAAAUAUCCGCUUUCCAAAUUGCGGAAUUAUCAGAAAUUUUAAACUUUAUGCAAAUCAUUUGAAUGCUUUCAUAUAAAAGUUAACGCCAGGCCUACAUAUUGUGAUUAUUUCCAUAAUGCCCGUUUUAAAAGUUUCAAAAAAUUCUCAUUUUAUUUGUUCUAAAGGUGUCAAUUUGAUUUUUAAAUUUGAGAAUAAAUUUCAAAAUAAUGAAAGCGUUCACAAAAUAAAAAUCUUCCACAAAUUAUAUCUCCACUAAAAGUAUAUAAAUUUAUAUAAAGGUUCACGAAAAUUCUUGAAGAUUUUUUUUCAACCGUCACUUAGAUUAGAAUUCAUAUACCUCAUUUUGUUUUUGUUUUUAGUAAAUAUUUUUAUAGCAAAGUAAUAAGCAUUUUGUGAGUACUUUUACUAUUAACCUAAUUUGUACAUUUUAUAAUAGAACUGAUUGAAG